CCGCUGCGUGCGCCGGGCGGGGCGGACGCGGCGCGGCCGCGGGGUUAAAGCGCCGAGCCGGGCCGGUGCUGCCGCCUGCGUCCCGCCGGCAUGGAUGCGCGGGGCCCUGCCAGGCGCUACGAGAAGCUCGACUUCCUCGGGGAAGGGCAGUUCGCCACUGUUUUUAAAGCCAAGGACAGGACGGACAACCGAAUCGUUGCUAUCAAGAAGAUUAAACUGGGUCAUAGAUCAGAAGCUAAAGAUGGAAUCAACAGGACUGCCCUCAGGGAAAUAAAACUGUUACAGGAGCUAAGCCAUCCAAAUAUUAUUGGUCUUAUUGAUGCAUUUGGACACAAGUCAAAUAUUAGUCUGGUGUUUGAUUUUAUGGAAACAGAUUUAGAGGUUAUUAUAAAGGAUACAAGUAUUGUGUUGACGCAGUCUCACAUCAAGGCAUAUAUGCUGAUGACACUUCAAGGAUUAGAAUAUUUACAUCAGCAUUGGAUUCUACACAGGGAUCUUAAACCAAAUAACUUGUUGCUAGAUGGAAAUGGAGUUUUAAAAUUGGCUGACUUUGGCUUGGCAAAAUCUUUUGGAAGCCCAAACAGAGUUUAUACACACCAGGUAGUAACAAGGUGGUACCGAGCCCCAGAACUAUUGUUUGGGGCUAGAAUGUAUGGUGUUGGCGUUGAUAUGUGGGCUGUUGGUUGUAUUUUAGCCGAAUUGCUCCUCAGAGUUCCUUUUUUGCCUGGAGACUCUGAUCUUGACCAGCUGACAAGGAUUUUUGAAACACUCGGCACUCCAACAGAAGAACAAUGGCCUGGCAUGACAAGUCUUCCAGAUUAUGUCACAUUUAAGCCAUUCCCUGGAAUGCCACUUCAACAUAUCUUCAGUGCAGCUGGUGAUGAUCUGCUCGGUCUUCUUCAAGGCUUAUUCACGUUUAAUCCUUCCACUAGAGUAACAGCUACUCAGGCAUUGAAACAGAAGUAUUUCAGUAAUCGACCAGGACCCACUCCAGGAAAUCAGCUGCCAAGACCCAACUGUCCUGCCGAAGCUGCAAAGGAGCCACAAAAUGCACUUUUAAAUUUAAAAAGAAAAAACACAGAAGGAAUAGGUCAAGUGGAGCUACUUCCAUAGAAGUGUAUUUCCUCUUUGAGUUGCUCUCUUUUUGAGACCUUUGAAUAUUGGUAUAAAAAGCAAUAUAAUUUCUACCAGCUGGAAAUGGAGGCAUGAUGUAUUUUCUACUGUGGAUUUUAUGUAAUGUUCUGUUACUGCCUUAGCUGGGCUGACAGAUCCAGAAGGUUUCAAAUGUAGUUCCUCUAGCACCAACAAAUGUUAAAGGAGAGAACCAGUGAUAGAGCUAGGAAAUCUGCUGCGUUGGAUUUCAUUUGCUCUUCUUACAUGGCAUUACCAUCUAAAUUUAAAAUCUGAACAGUGAUUUGGAAGAAUAAUCCUCUAGUCUUGGUUUAAAUAAAAAUUUGAAGACCAACAUUGUUGUAGGGGGUCGAAAUGUGCAAAUGUAAUUUCCAAGAAAAGUAAGUUGCAUUCCCUGAAAUUCUUAGAAUGACCUUACAUCCUGCAGAGCAUAUUUCUUUUCCCUCAGUCCUGUUGAGGUAGCACUCUGGAACCUGGCAGAAUAAACUGAGUGCUUCAAAAAUAUUGGCACCAGGAGCUGACUGCUGGAAUAAAGAUGCAUGCCAUUGCUGUAUGUGCUGCUUUUCCACAAGAACAAACCCCUGUAGCCUGUGGGGUGUGUUCACCAAAUCUUAAUACUUCUCAGAAAAACCCCUCUAUUCUCGGGGGAAAACUACCACUAGAGGGAUGAGACAUGCAUGCUUUGUGUCUACUGCUAUCACUUACUUCUGAUCAGUGAGGUUUUUGGAGACACUGAUUCUGUGAUGACAUAAAUGCCCAUCUCAUCUCUGUCACUUAACAAGUGACACUGCUUCCCCAGAACACCUAUUUCUAGUCCUAUUAAUAUGCAUUUCUACAGAGCUGUAGCUACACAAAACAGGGAUUAUAACGCAUGGUGCACUAAAGUUUUUCCUAUGUUAAUUAAGCAUAAGGAAUCUGAUAUCAAAACUAUUGGUUUGGAAAAAAACCCAAAGACAUUCUAUUAAUAUUUAAGGUUAAGAAUUUGUCCUAGAUUUAACAGCACAUAAGAAACAGCACAUGUGUGUGUGUGUUGGGAAAGGUUUAAGCCUUAGAACAGCUUGCUUUUCUUGGGUUUCAAAGUAGAAUUAAGUGGUUAGCUUUGCAUAUCAACAGUUAGGCUUUUAUAUGAACAAAGAGAAAUAUUUACAUGUAUGGGAAAUGCAAUUAAAAAAAAAAUAAAUGCAAAUAAAAAAAAAAAUUAAUUACAGAAUUUAUGACUUUUGGAAUAUACAUACUGAUUCUGAUUUAUUAAAAAAAAAUGGAUAUUGAUCUAGUAUGAAUAUUAAACUGUGAUGGACAAAAACUCUCUAACAGUUUAAAGUUAGCAAGUGUGUGUUUAUUCGACGCCGGGCAGCUUGCGGGAUCGCUCCCAAAUACACACCACGCCUUCCAAGUGAUUACAGAGCCCUUUUAUCCAUACAAGUAUUGAAUACCCAAAAUACAAAUACAUAUUCAUAAUUUUGGUACAUCCCAUUCCUCGCUUUGUAUGCUAAUCACUUCAAAAGCUAUUAAGCAUGCGUAGUUUGUUCCUUAAAAUGGGUCGAUGGUCCCUUUCAUGGGGAGGGGUCCCAAAAUGAGGAAGUAAAUGAAGUCUUCCUCGUUCUGACCUUUCUACCUUUUCAGUGCAAAUAUGACAAAUGAACUCUUGGUAGAACUCCCAUUCCUUGUCUUCAAUUGGUUUCAGAACAGAGGAGACCCACAAUUGUUUUAUGUUCCUAAAAGCUAUUUGUCAGUUUCUGUAUUCUUCAUUAUAAACCCAGCUAACUAAACAUUGUGUUGACAAGCAAUCAAUUAUUAGUUAAUUACUAACUCUUAACUUCAUCAAGGCCUACUCAUUUAUUUUAAUUAACUCUAGUAAGGCUUAUCUCUAACUAAAAUCUUAGCUCUUCUAAAAAUCUCUAAAUUCCUUAAAAUUUAUGUUUCAAUUCAAGUGAACUUUGAUUGUAGCACUUUCUUACAGAUCUGUUAAAAAAGGUCAUCAUGUACUGCCACUGUUCCAAAUAGCAUUCAGCAGUUAAGAGUAGGAGGGGACUUUGAGGAGGGGAGGGACUGGACCUCUAUACUUUGCUAACAAUGUGAUUUACAUUUUUCAGGAUUACCAAAAAAACUGAUCUUUUGAUUGCUGUGGAUGAUGAAUGAAAAUGAGUGAAAAUGCCCUGAGUCCCAGCCAUUGAUAAAACGCUGUAAUCAUUGCUGGAUGGUUAUUUUUUCAUUAUUUUAAUAUGUAAAAUAGAAACUUAUUAUUUCCGUAUGGGCACAGAAGUUUUAUUAACCCUUCUUUUUACAAUAAAAUGAUUUUAGACAAAAAAA